AUGUACGGGCCUGCAGAAGCUUCCAAAGAUGUGACAGAAGAUCCCUUGGCAGAAGAUGAGAAAAGAAGAAAUUAUGGAGGUGUAUAUGUGGGUCUACCAGCAGAUCUGACCACUGUGGCUGCAAGUCAGUCCAAGUCCACACGAAAAGACUAGCAGCUGCUGAAGAACGUACAACACAAGUACCUGAGCCUAAAAGCUACUUUAUGGGACUGUGCAGAGAGCAUGCGUGUGCUCUGAUUCUGGUUCAACACACUGACUAAAGUAAAGACUAUAACUUUCACUGGUGAACUGAACAGGGAUGUGGACAGACUGCCAGGACAGAAGAUGUUGCUUCAUGGAGCCAUGGAGCACACGUUUAGAUGCACAGUGGAGGCCUGCAUCCGGCAUCCAUCAUGUCCCUUCAAAACUGCAAUAAAACAAACAAAAACUACAAGAUGAGUACUAAACCUGGGACUAGCCGUGAUGGGCGGCAGCAGCUGGCAUCGGGACUGUAAAUGGACUGUACUUAUAUAGCGCCU